GUUUACCGGGAGCGUGAGCGUGCGUGUGCCUAGUCGCUUUAGGACCCGGAUGUGAUUCCGCCGAGCAAUGGCGGCUGAGCGGAUCUGUGCUCCGUCCCACAUGUAAACAACGCACGAAGCGCUCUCAUUUGUUUAAGUUAAACAAGCAAAACCAGCCUGCGAUCAGGAGCAUGAGAUUAUCGCAGAACAAUCGACUCAUCUGAGUAUCAAAAUGUCAAUGGAAGAUCCGUUUUUCGUGGUGAAAGGAGAGGUGCAGAAGGCUGUGAACACAGCUCAGGGGCUUCAUCAGAGAUGGAUGGAGCUGCUACAGGACCCGGGUGGAGCCAGCAAGGAGGAAGUGGACUGGACCACUAAUGAGCUGAGGAACAGUUUGAGGUCCAUUGAAUGGGACUUGGAGGACUUGGAUGAGACGAUCAGUAUUGUGGAGGCUAAUCCAAAGAAGUUCAAUCUCGAUGUGAUGGAGCUGGCCAAGAGGAAAGCCUUCAUCACUAGCACAAGGCAAACAGUCAGGGAGAUGAAAGACCACAUGACUAGUCCAAUGGGCAUUACAGUGUCCGAGAGGAAAAAUCGACAGAGUUUAAUGGGCGAUGGCGGGUCACGUGGCCCAAUCUGGCAACCCAGUGCAGAUAAGUACACUAGACUGGACCGGGAGCUGAAGACGGCAAACACACAGUUCAUCGAGGAACAGCAGACCCAGCAACAUCUCAUAGCAGAACAACAGGAUGAGCAGCUGGAGUUGGUGUCAGGAACUAUUGGCGUCUUGAAGAACAUGUCCCAAAGGAUCGGCCAAGAGCUGGAUGAGCAAGCUGUAACGCUGGAUGAUUUUUCACAUGAGAUGGACAGCACUCAAUCCAGACUGGAUAAUGUCAUGAAGAAACUGGCUAAAGUGUCUCACAUGACCAGCGAUCGUCGUCAGUGGUGCGCUAUCGGCAUUCUUCUGGCCGUCCUGUUUGUCGUGAUCAUUCUCUUGAUAGUUCUGUGAACAGCCCUCCUCCGUCCUCCGCC